AUGGUUCACUUCCUUUUUCGCCAUACUUUUCAUUCCCAUCACUUCUUCUCCAUACACCAGCACACACCCAAGCAUUUCCUCUCCAACACUCUAAUCUCCACUUCCGUCAUGUCCUACCGCCCUAACUACCAAGGCGGAGGCCGCAGAGGCGGCGCCUCAUCCUCCGGUCGCGGCGGAGGCCAACGUGGAGGUGGCGGCGGUGGGCGCCGUGGUGGUGGACGUGGCGAGCAAAGAUGGUGGGACCCUGUUUGGCGUGCUGAACGCCUUAGACAACAACAAGCAGAGAAGGAGGUGCUUGAUGAGAAAGAAUGGUGGGAUAAGAUAGAGAAGAUGAAAAAAGGAGAGGAACAAGAGAUGGUUAUAAAGCGGUACUUCAGUAUUGCAGACCAGCAAGCCCUAGCUGAUAUGACUUAUCAACAUGAGCUUUAUUUCCAUGCAUAUAAUAAGGGAAAGAUUCUUGUUGUUAGCAAAGUUCCUUUGCCUGAUUACCGUGCAGACCUUGAUGAGCGUCAUGGAUCAACACAGAAGGAGAUUAAAAUGUCCACAGACAUAGAGAGGAGAGUAGGAAAUCUUUUAAAUAUGUCACAGUCAACUGGGGCAUCAGCUACUAGUCUGGCUUCUGUAUCAACUGAGAUGGAACAUAAAAUAUCAACAACGACUACAAAAUCUGCUUCACAACAGACUGAUACUUCAAAGGACAAACUCAGUGUUGCACUCAAAGAAAGACAGGAACUGGAGCAGACAAGUGAUAGUUUGAAGGAAAUGAAAUCAUUUAGGGAGAAGCUUCCUGCAUUUAAAAUGAAGUCUGAGUUUCUGAAAGCUGUUCAAGAAAAUCAGGUAUUGGUAGUUUCAGGAGAGACAGGCUGUGGCAAAACAACACAGCUACCACAAUUCAUUUUGGAAGAAGAAAUAUCACGUUUGCGUGGAGCUGACUGCAAUAUAAUUUGUACUCAGCCUCGUCGUGUAUCUGCAAUUUCUGUUGCAGCUCGUAUAUCAGCUGAAAGAGGGGAAACUCUUGGCAAAACUGUUGGGUACCACAUCCGUCUUGAAGCAAAACGUUCUGCGGAUACACGCCUUCUUUUCUGCACCACUGGUGUAUUACUUCGGCAACUGGUCCAAGAUCCCGAGUUGACUGGUGUUAGUCAUUUGCUGGUGGAUGAAAUUCAUGAAAGAGGCAUGAAUGAAGACUUCUUAAUUAUAAUUUUGCGUGACCUUCUUCCCCGUCGUCCAGAUCUGCGCCUCAUUCUAAUGAGUGCUACAAUCAAUGCCGAUCUGUUCUCUAAAUACUUUGCAAAUGCCCCAACAAUGCACAUACCGGGGUUUACUUUCCCUGUAGCCGAGCACUUCCUAGAAGAUAUGUUGGAGAAAACUAGAUAUAGCAUCAAGUUGGAGUUGGACAGUUUUGAGGGGAAUACAAGGAGAAAAAGGAAACAACAAGAUUCUAAGAAGGAUCCCCUGACUGAAAUGUUUGAGGACCUUGAUGUAGAUACGCAUUACAAAAAUUACAGCUUGGGUGUUAGAAAAUCCCUUGAAGCUUGGUCAGGUUCACAAAUUGAUUUGGGUCUGGUAGAAGCAACAAUUGAAUAUAUAUGUCGGAGUGAAGGUGGUGGAGCUAUUCUUGUAUUUCUUACUGGCUGGGAUGAAAUCUCUAAGCUACUCGACAAACUUGAAGGAAAUAACUUACUUGGAAACCGUAGCAAGUUCUUAAUCCUUCCAAUACAUGGUUCAAUGCCUACCAUUGACCAAUGUGAAAUAUUUGACCGUCCUCCCCCUAACAAAAGAAAAAUUGUGCUAGCAACAAAUAUUGCUGAGAGCAGCAUCACCAUAGAUGAUGUUGUAUAUGUCAUAGACUGCGGUAAAGCAAAGGAAACAAGCUAUGAUGCUCUAAAUAAGCUUGCUUGCUUGUUGCCAUCAUGGAUUUCAAAAGCUUCGGCACGUCAGAGACGUGGACGUGCUGGUCGAGUACAACCUGGAGUUUGUUAUAGAUUGUAUCCAAAACUGAUCCACGAUGCUAUGCCAGAGUAUCAGUUACCUGAAAUCCUCCGAACGCCUUUGCAAGAAUUGUGCCUGCAGAUUAAAAGCUUGCAGCUGGGAACUGUGGCAUCAUUUUUAGGAAAGGCACUUCAGCCGCCAGAUUCUCUUGCUGUUCAAAAUGCUAUAGAACUUCUGAAGACAAUUGGGGCAUUGGAUGACAAGGAGGAGCUUACUCCACUGGGUCGGCAUCUUUGUACUGUACCUUUGGACCCAAAUAUAGGGAAGAUGCUUCUCAUGGGCUCUAUCUUUCAGUGCCUCAGUCCUGCCCUAACUAUUGCCGCUGCUCUUGCUUACCGUAAUCCAUUUGUCCUACCUAUAAACAGAAAAGAGGAAGCUGAUGCAGCAAAAAAAUAUUUUUCUGGUGACUCUUGCAGUGAUCAUAUAGCCCUUCUUAAAGCUUUUGAAGGAUGGAAGGAGGCAAAAAGUAGGGGGGCUGAAAAGGAAUUUUGUUGGGAAAAUUUCCUAUCCCCAUCGACCUUGCGGUUGAUUGAUGAUAUGAGAACACAAUUUCUCAACUUAUUAUCUGACAUUGGAUUUGUUGACAAGUCGAGGGGUGUCCAUGCUUACAACCAGUACAGUCAUGAUUUGGAGAUGGUUUGUGCAAUUCUUUGUGCUGGUCUCUACCCUAAUGUUGUUCAGUGCAAAAGAAGAGGAAAACGGACAGCGUUCUACACUAAAGAAGUUGGGAAAGUUGACAUCCAUCCAUCUUCAGUAAAUGCUGGGAUUCAUCUCUUCCCUCUACCUUACUUGGUAUAUAGUGAAAAAGUUAAAACAACCAGCAUCUAUAUUAGAGACUCUACCAACAUUUCAGAUUAUGCACUACUUCUGUUUGGUGGUAAUCUCGACCCUAGCAAAAACGGUGAGGGCAUUGAGAUGCUUGGAGGUUACCUUCAUUUUUCUGCUUCCAAGAGUGUCAUUGAGUUGAUAAAGAAAUUACGCGAGCAGCUCGACAAGCUUUUAAACAGAAAAAUUGAAGAACCAGGGUUUGACAUUUCUGGUGAAGGAAAAGCAGUGGUUGCUGCUGCCGUUGAAUUGCUUCACAAUCAAAACAUGUGA